ACCCCACUCACCCAUCCACUCAAAAAUAACUUUUAAGAUUUAUUUAAUACAAUGAGACUAUUUUAUCUUGCACCUCUUCUUGCAUUUGCUGCUUCGGUUGCACAAGCUUUGCCCACUGGGUCCAACCAAGUUCAAAACCAGGGUACUUCAAAUUCUGUCCAAGUGGAUAAUGCAGACGUGACUAAAUUUACUGAAAAAUUCAGGCAGGCUGUAUUGGGGGCAUACUUAUCUGUGGAUGAAAUUUCAAAUCUCAUUGAGCUGUUCGACCAGAUGGGUCAAAGGGAUAUAGGCGAAGUUGCGCUGGCUGCUGAUCAGUUAAGCAGAAUUCUCCAAAACAUUUUAGGCGAUUAUCCAGGUUAUGAAAGCGAGGAUGGUGAGAAUCGCCAACGAUGGUAACUAUGGCGACGACGGCAACUAUGAAGAUGGCGAGGAAGGAGAGAAUGAAGCGAAGGAAGAAAACAAGUAAAAAUUUUGAGACCAACAUAAGGAAUCAAUCAAUUGCUUAUUAGUUUUUUUUCCUUAUUAACAUUUAUAAGCUUAAAACAUAAUUAAUGUUGACUUUUUUGUGUUGAACACGAAAAUACACGGUUCGCUUUACAUGAGC